CCAUUGAUGUGUCUUUCCAUCUGCACAGGACCUGUUCAAACUCAGUCUGUGUCUUGACUGGAGGAGGAGGAGGAAAAGUUGAGCACAUUGCCAAUAGGAGUUCUCCAAGGACCACAAACAACCGUGUACAAAGAGGAGUGGAGAUUGCCUCUCUCCACCUAGGUUCAUAAGCUUCCCUGAGGCAAACUUGGCAUGAAGGAAGAGAGAGCAUUGAGGCACAUCUCACAAUUAACUUCAAAGGAUGGCAGCCAUUGAUUUGUCCUGUGGGUUUUUUCCCAGGAAACCAAUCUGCCCUUUUGAAGAAAAGACAAAGGUAGAAAGGACGGUGGUGGACUACCUGGCAAAUGGUUAUCAGGAUUCAGUGACCUUUGAUGAUGUUGCUGUGGAGUUCACCCCAGAGGAGUGGGCUUUACUGGACACAACUCAGAAAUACCUCUACAGAGAUGUGAUGCUGGAGAACUACAAGAACCUGGCCUCUGUGGGUUGUCAGCUGUUCAUACCCAACCCGACCUCUUGGUUAAAACAAGAAGAGUUGAAGACAAUGGAGAGUGGAGUUCUUCAGCAAUGGGAAAUACAACCUAGAACCCAAGGGUUAUCACUUCACCAGAGUUUUUUGAAGAAUGAAAUCUUCAGUGCGAUACAAAUGCAGACAAGCUACAGUGGAUGGAAACUCUGUAAGAAUUGUGGAGAGGUCUUCAGUGAACAGUUUUGCCUUAAGACACACAUGAGAGCUCAGAAUGGAGAGAACACUUCUGAGUUUAAUUGUUAUGGAAAAGAUGUCCUCACCAUGUACAAGGAACCCUCUAUUGGACAGGAACUUUCCAAAUUUAAUCCAUGUGGAAAAGUCUUCUCCCUAACUCCAGGCCUUGCUGUACAUCUUCAAAUUCUCAAUGCAAGAAAACCCUACAAAUGUAAGGAAUGUGGAAAAGGCUUUAAGUAUUUUGCAAGCCUUGAUAAUCACAUGGGAAUCCACACUGGAGUGAAGCUCUGUGAAUUUCAGGAAUGUGGGGGAGCCAUCACAGCUUCCUCACAUCUAAAGCACUGUGUAACAGUUCAUACUGGAAAGAAAUCCAAAGAGACUGAGAAAUGUGGGAAAUCCUUCACUAAUUUUUCUCAACUUUCUGCACAUGUGAAAACUCAUAAAGGAGAGAAGUUAUUUGAAUGUAAAGAAUAUGGACAACCCUUCAGAAAUUCCUCAUCUCUUAAUGAGCACAUUCAAAUUCACACUGGAAUAAAACCACACAAAUGUACAGAAUGUGGGAAAACAUUCACUAGAUCAACUCACCUUACUCAACAUGUAAGAACGCACACUGGAAUAAAACCCUAUGAAUGUAAGGAAUGUGGGCAAGCCUUCACUCAGUACACAGGUCUUGCUAUACACAUUCGAAAUCACAAUGGAGAGAAACCCUAUCAGUGUAAGGAAUGUGGGAAAGCCUUCAAUAGAUCUGCAACCCUUACUCAACAUAAAAGAAUUCACACAGGAGAGAAGCCUUAUGAAUGCAUUGAAUGUGGAAAAACCUUCAUUACUUCUUCGCAUCGUAGUAAACAUUUGAGAACUCAUACUGGAGAAAAGCCAUUUGUAUGCAAGGUAUGUGGGAAAGCAUUUAUGUUUUCCUCAGCCCUUAAAGUACACCUGCGAAGUCAUACUGGAGAGAGACCUUUUGUAUGUAAGGAAUGUGGGAAAGCAUUUGCUGUUUCCUCACGCCUAAGUACCCAUGAAAGAAUUCACACUGGGCAGAAACCCUAUGAAUGUAAGGGUAUGAAUGUUACCAUUUAGCCCAUCAGUUGUCAUUUUUAAUUAUUGGCAGUGACACCAAAGAUCAUCAGAUUUGUCCUAAAUGCCUUGCAAAGGUUUGUAAUAGCUCAUGGAUUGGCCUUUGAUGCCAUCCCGAGGGUCUGAAAUUACAGAGUAAUACAACUUCUUCAUGUUUCUAAAUAUAACUUCUUCAUGGUUGCCUGAGUCUGGGCAUCUGUGAAGAAGGGUCAUGGAUGGUAAGGUCAGUACUGCAGGCUCCCUCACCUUGGUGAUUAGAUUCCUAGGAUCAUGGUAUUAACAAGUUCUGAAUGAGAUAAAUCAUGCAGGUUCGUUUUAUCCCCUGUUGGUUAGUGGCUGCCAGUGUAGCACAUUCAUGUCAAAAUUUACUGGAAGCCAAGGAUAUAUAGGCCCAGAGGUGAACUGUUGAAAGAUGUUCUUCCAAGGGUCUCUUUUGUUCUAUGGAUCCUGCAGAGCAUGCCAGAAAUUAAACCAUCUUUAACUGCCAGUGCACUUUCACAGCUGAUUAUUACUGUGUCGUCUUAUAAAAUCUAAGAAGUGUGA